UGAACUGAUUCUUAACUCAGAUAUUAUUAAAUAUGUACAUAAUUUUAGCAUUUGUUUGCCUAUUUCUUGAUCAGAUUUUUACCUCCAAUGCCAAUCUGAAUGAUCGGGAUCAGGUGAUCCUCGGCAAGCUUCUAAAUUGUAAAGAUCGGGAGUAUAAAUCCGAAAACAGAUUGCGUCGAAAUUUCUGGGUGUUGGAGAACUUUAUUCAGGCGGAUCAUGGCCGCAUGCGCUGCUCAUCGAACGUUACCUAUACAACCCAUGCGGACUAUAGGUAUUUGGAUAAUUUGGUGCCGCUGCUGGAGCGUUGGCGAUCGCCUUUGAGUCUGGCUAUGUACGCACCCGGAACGGACUGGGAGCCCACCAUCGAGAGCAUCCUGUGGCUACUACAGUGUGAUGGUGGUCGGGACUUGGUGCGAGGUCUGACCAGUUUUCACAUCUACUUCGAAGUCGCACACACGCCCAAGGUAAUGCUCAAGGCAGAGACGUACCUCGCACGGAAGUUGGACUGCACUAGGCCGCCACCUUACCAGGUGAUGGCCUGGAACAAGACCUAUCGCUCGCAGAAAGACCUCGACUAUCCCGUCAACACUGGCCGGAAUGUGGCCCGGGAGGCAUCGCUCACCUACUUCGUUCUGGCCUCGGACAUCGAGCUGUAUCCCACGCCGGACCUGGUGCCCAGGUUCUUUAAUAUGCUCGGACGACCCACGUACAGAUCCACGGUAAAGUCACUGGUACCUGUGGUCUAUGUGCUGCGCAUCUUUGAGGUGGAGUCCGAUGCGACGGUACCCAGCAACAAGCUGGAGCUGCAGAGCAUGUUGUGGAGCUCUCAGGCGGUGCCCUUCCACAUGAACAUCUGCCCCCACUGCCACAAGGGACCCAAGCUGGAGGAGUGGAUCAAUGCCAGCGUCUCGGAUGAACUGAAUGUCUUUCACAAGGGCGUGCGGAUUGGCAGGGAGAACCGCUGGGAGCCCAUUUUCAUUGGCACCACCAACGAUCCGCCGUACGAUGAGCGCCUGAGCUGGGAGCGCAUGAGCGAUAAGAUGACCCAAGCCUAUGCCAUGUGUGCUCUGGGCUAUGAGUUUCACAUAUUGGACAACUCCUUUCUGGUGCACAAGCCUGGCAUUAAGCUCAGCUUGGAUAGUCCCGAACGUCACGAGCUGGCUCUCAGAACAGAGUCGGUUAUCCGCAUGAGAUUCUUUCGAGAGAUGCGCAUCAUUUACGGCAGUCGUACGGGCUGCUUGCCAUAGGAAUCGAAGAGCAAUCUCUAGCUAGAUCAGAUCUUUCGUGCACUAUUUAACUUCAAAACUGCGCAAUAUAGUAGCUCUGCCUUUUGCCUAUUUGCAUCGAUUGGGUUGGGGCUGUCUGCCCCACAAUGGGGAGUGUUUGUUAAUAGUUCGUGGAUGGUUUGGCGAGUGAUGUUUUGUGGACUCGUUAACAUCGUCAUUGGCGUCAGUGGCGCCUGGCAGCUGCACUCGCAGCACCUGGCUGACGCUGCAGUUUCGUCCUGUGCCACACCAGGGCAUGUCGUGUCAUGCCAUCAUGCCAGAGGAUACCCGGGCGAUGAGAACGCG